AAGCUAACGAAGCUCUAUAACCACAAGCAAAGACACAAAUCGAUCAAUACUUUCUAUCCUUUCAAUUCUAUCAAAUGGCUGCCUCUACAAUGGCCCUUUCCUCUCCUUCACUCGCCGGCAAGGCGGUGAAGCUCGGCCCAUCUCCUCCCGAGCUCAUGGGCAAUGGCCGUGUCACAAUGAGGAAAACCGCCUCCAAGAAUGUUUCCUCUGGCAGCCCAUGGUACGGCCCAGACCGUGUGAAGUACUUGGGACCAUUCUCUGGUGAGCCCCCAUCCUACUUGACCGGUGAGUUCCCUGGUGACUAUGGCUGGGAUACUGCUGGACUUUCUGCUGACCCAGAGACUUUUGCUAAGAACCGUGAGCUAGAAGUGAUCCACUGCAGAUGGGCUAUGCUUGGAGCUCUCGGAUGCGUCUUCCCUGAGCUCUUGGCUCGCAACGGUGUCAAAUUCGGCGAGGCUGUGUGGUUCAAGGCCGGAGCUCAAAUCUUCAGUGAGGGUGGUCUUGACUACUUGGGAAACCCAAGCUUGAUCCAUGCUCAAUUUGCUAAGAACCGUGAGCUAGAAGUGAUCCACUGCAGAUGGGCUAUGCUUGGAGCUCUCGGAUGCGUCUUCCCUGAGCUCUUGGCUCGCAACGGUGUCAAAUUCGGCGAGGCUGUGUGGUUCAAGGCCGGAGCUCAAAUCUUCAGUGAGGGUGGUCUUGACUACUUGGGAAACCCAAGCUUGAUCCAUGCUCAAAGUAUCUUGGCUAUUUGGGCUUGCCAGGUAGUGUUGAUGGGUGCUGUUGAGGGUUACAGAGUUGCCGGUGGACCUCUCGGUGAGGUAACAGACCCAAUCUACCCAGGUGGAAGCUUUGACCCAUUGGGUUUGGCUGAUGACCCGGAAGCAUUUGCUGAGCUCAAGGUGAAGGAAAUCAAGAAUGGUAGGUUGGCUAUGUUCUCUAUGUUUGGAUUCUUUGUUCAAGCCAUUGUUACUGGAAAGGGUCCAUUGGAGAACUUGGCUGACCACUUGGCCGACCCUGUCAACAACAACGCCUGGGCUUAUGCCACAAACUUCGUCCCCGGAAAGUGAAAGGGAAUUUGAGUUUCUGAUGCUAUAAUUGGAGUAGACUAGUACUGCACAAUCUGUAACAAAUAUCAACUAGACUCCAUGGAUUUUAAUAUAAUUUUUUUAAAACUCGAAAUUCUAUUUUAAUGUGGCAAUUCUUGAAA